AUGACCCAGAUAUAUGCUAUGGCGACUGAUGAAGAACUCAUCAUGACACCACCCGAGUCCCCGCCCACUCCCCUGCGCAGGGGAAGCGUCAUCGGCGGACGUCAAGGUGACAAGUUCCGCCUCACCGUCCUCGCCGACGGCCUGGUCCGCUAUGAAUGGGCGCCCGACGGCCGGUUCGAGGACAGGCCGUCCUCGUUUGCAUACCGUCGCGACCGUGGAGGCACCGACGAUUUUGCAGUCGAGGAGCUGGACGACGACGGCUGGAUCGACAUCGUCACCAAGCGUUUCCGGAUCACAUUUGACACAAACUGCACCUCUUUUGCGGCGCACAACUUCUUCUGUCUCGUCGCCGGCCACACCCGCAGCCUCUGGCGGUACGGGUACUACAAGCCGUGGGAGAGCCUCGGCGGCACCGCCCGCACGCUGGACCGCGUCGACGGCCGGACGGACUGGGGUACCGGCAUCAUGUCGCACAAGGGGUACGCCACCAUCGACGACUCGACCACCAUGCUCUUCGAGCCGGAUGGAUUCGUUGCGCCCCGCCUCGCCGGGGAGGGGAGGGUGGACGGCUACCUUUUCGCCUACGGACACGACUACCGCGACGCCAUCAAGGCAUUCUACCUCAUCUCGGGCGAGACGCCCGUCGUUCCGCGCUGGGCGCUGGGCAACUGGUGGAGUAGGUACUACCCGUACAGCGACCGCGAGUACGUCGCCCUCAUGGACGAUUUCGAAAAGCACCGGAUCCCGCUGUCGGUCGCCGUCAUCGACAUGGACUGGCAUCUGGUCGACGACCCGCGGGUUAUCGCGGACGGCCAAAACGGCUGGACUGGAUACUCCUGGGACCGCAAGCUGUUCCCCCAUCCGCGCCGCUUCCUCGCAGAGCUGCACGAGCGUGGGUUGAAGACGACUCUCAACGAUCACCCGGCCGACGGAGUGCACAGAUACGAAGACUUGUAUGAGGAGUUUUGCCGUGCAGUUGGCCGGGAUCCAUCGUCGGGGGAGCCAGUGGCGUUCGACAUAACAAACCGCAAAUACAUACGCGCAUACUUCGAAAUCCUGCUCAAACCCCUCGAGGAGGACGGCUGCGACUUCUGGUGGAUCGACUGGCAACAGGGUGAGUACACCAAGCUACCCGGCGUUGAUCCGCUCUGGGUGCUCAACCACUUCCACUACCAGCACAUCAAGAGCAAGAUCCCCCAGCCGCUGAUCCUGUCACGGUAUGCGGGGCCCGGCAGUCAUCGGUACCCCAUCGGCUUCUCCGGGGACAGCGUGGUUUCGUGGGACAGCCUGCGCUUCCAGCCGGCCUUCACAGCGACGGCGUCCAACAUUGGCUACGGCUGGUGGAGCCACGACAUUGGCGGCCACUAUCUGGGGGCCAAGAGCGCAGAGCUCACAGCGCGCUGGGUCCAGCUCGGCGUCUUCUCUCCCAUAAUGCGCCUGCACUCGUCGAACACGCGAUGGGUCACCAAGGAGCCGUGGAAGCUGCCGACCGGCGGGCCGCAGGAGACGGUCUCGGACUUCCUGAGGCUGCGGCACCGGCUGCUGCCGUAUCUGUACUCGAUGAACGUGCGCGCCUCGGAGGAGGGCAUGCCGCUCGUGCAGCCCAUGUACUGGGAGUGCCCCACACGCCACGAGGCGUACCGCGUCGAGAACCAGUUCCUUUUUGGCGCGAGCAUGAUGGUGCUGCCCAUCACGGAUCCGCUGGACCCCAAGUACCGGCUGGCGAAAACGAAGGGCUGGCUGCCGCCCGGUAGGUGGGUCGACUACUUCACCGGGAGGGUGUACUCUGGAGACCGCGAGGUGUGGAUGAGCAGGCCCCUGAACCAGUAUCCUGUAUUUGUCAGGGAGGGAUCGAUUGUGGUUUUGGACGCUGCCGAAAACAUGGGAAACGGCGCUCCGCUGCCCGCCCGUCUCGAGGUUGUGCUCGCCGUAGACCAAGAUUCUGGAGAUGCCUGCUUUGACCUCCACGAAGACGUGCAGACCGAGAACGGCGAAACAAGACGCUUCACUACAAAGAUCGAAUGGGCAGCAGAGACGAGCACAGUCACCAUCACCAACGCCCCCGGCUCACCCAAGCAACACACCCAGGGCCGGGAAUGGAAUCUGCUCUUCCUCGCCCAGCACGGCAGCCGGUGCACCGUGACCAACGCACAAAACAAUGCCCAACUCGGCCGCAAACCCGACGAAAGGGGGUCACGCUUCACCCUGGGCAGCUUCGCAUCGGACGAGCCCAUCGUGGUGACGCUCAGCGGUGGCGCCGGCGGGAUGGGGAACGAGAACCCGAUCGGUCAGAUCGAGCAGAUUCUGGGCGAUGCCGAGAUCGAGUACGCGCUCAAGGACACCAUCUGGGCUACCUUGACGGUCGAGACAGGCAAGAAGAGCUACCGCGCACGUCCAAAGAAUGAGCAGCUGCAAGGCGUGCAGGCCUUGGAUAUUGAUGAUAAUCUGAGGCACGCCAUUGUGGAGUUGUUGUUGAUCGACUAUGAGGACCCGGAUGCGUCGGUGUGA